GUUAGCAAACCAUCAACAUCAUGUCGAGAAUAAUAUCUACCCUCUUGUCAACUAUUUAAGUUGGCGAGAUUGCUUUUCCAACAUCAUUCCCUACUCUACAUUGUAGAAGAUCAAACCAAACAAAAACAAGCACUAAAGAUGUUCAAGCAGAUUGUUUUCGUCGCGCUCAUCGCCGUCGUGGUCGCCAAGCCCGGCAUCCACUCGGUAGCAUACCCAGCACCAUACGUAGCUGCGUACUCCGCUCCUCUCACGGCGGCAUAUACGGCGCCUGUUGCUGCAGCGUACACUGCUCCAUUUGCAGCGUACUCUGCCCCUGUAGCUGCAGCAUACACAGCCCCGGUAGCCGCAGCGUACACCGCCCCGGUAGCCGCAGCGUACACGGCCCCUGUUGCAGCAGCUUACCCUGCCCCCAUCGUUGCCGCAGCGUACAAAGCCCCUGUUUUCUUGAAGUGA